AUGGCGGCUCCGUACACCGUUUCUUACUCUAGCGGCCUCACCAUCGCAGCUACCAACACUACUAAUCCCGCUCGACUACAAAACAGCAACGCCGUUUAUCCCAGUCUUUUGCAUCCACCAAACACUUCGAGUGCUGAAUACCGUAUCUGGCUCGGCUUCUUCAUCUUCGGUGCGGUUUCCGCUGCGAUUAUGAUUUUUGUCGUGCUCUGGCUGUGUGCGUUAUCAACUGGUAUCGGUCGUUUGACUCGUAGGAAGUGCCAGGAGGAAGAUGAGCCGAGAAGCCUAGCAAGUGAAUAUGAAAUGCAUGAGAGGGUUCGGGAGCCGGAACGAGUUUUUAGGAGGGGUAGAUAA